GUAACUCUAAUUCUCAAAAUACUGACUACUGUACGAUAAGUCGUUACAUUCACAUCAUAUCACGCGUAACCUUGAAUAAUGAAACAUUGAUUGUUUCGAGUCUACUCCCUCCAACUUCGCCAUAUAUGUUUCAUGCAUUCAAUUCUAGCCAUUUCAAGGCCUUGGUCAUAUUGUAGAGCUUUGACCAAGAAACUCGCAUAUAAUCGAGAAUUUGUAAACAAAAUGGCGACAAGGGGAGCUGGGUUCAGUGGAAAUGGUCGUUCUAGCCCUCGAUUAAAUGGAUUUGAUCGAAUCCCAAGACCGUUUCUCAUCGGCGUUGCUGGCGGAACAGCUUCGGGAAAGUCUUCAGUGUGUGCCAAGAUUAUGGACCAGCUGGGUCAGGCAGCGGUGGAUCAUAAAUCACGGCAAGUCGUCAUCGUAUGCCAGGACUCCUUCUACAGAAAUCUCACUCCAGACGAGGGCAAGAGAGCCAAUAAGGGGGAAUUCAACUUCGACCAUCCUGAUUCAUUUGACAAUGAGCUGAUGUUGAAGACAAUGAAGGCUAUUGCUGCUUGUAAGACCGUGGACAUACCCUCGUACAACUAUAUCACACACUCAAGGGAGGAUCGAGGUCAGGUGGUGUAUCCGACUGACGUGGUGCUGUUCGAGGGUAUCCUGAUGUUCUACUGGAAGGACAUUCGAGAGAUGUUCCAUAUGAAGCUGUUUGUUGACACAGACCCAGACACCAGGCUGUCUCGGAGAGUGUUGCGGGACAUCCAGGAGAGAGGCAGAGUGCUGGAACAAAUCCUGAAUCAAUACACCUCCUUUGUCAAGCCUGCGUUUGAGGAGUUCUGUCUCCCGACAAAAAAGUAUGCAGAUGUCAUUAUACCAAGAGGAGCUGAAAACACAGUGGCCAUUGAUUUGAUCGUGCAGCACAUACAGGAGUUGAUGAAACCGACGAACACUGCCAAACGAGUGCGACACAAUUCUGACUCGUACGUCGGGCGACCACACUGAAGUUUUGCUCAUGGACAUUUAAGCUGUGUGAAAGUGAUGGAGGGUGUAUACAGUGUUGAUCAUAUUGAUAUAUAUCGAUAUGUCCAUGUAUCGAUACAAUGUUGAUACAUCAGUGAAUUGUAUUGAUUCAGUGUUGAUCAUAUUGAUAUAUAUAAAUCGAUAUGUCCUUGUAUUAAUACAAUACUGAUACAUCAGUGUCAGUUGUAUCGAUACAGUGUUGAUCAUAUUAAUGUAUCGAUAUGUCCUUGUAUUGAUACAAUACUGAAUACAUCACUGUCAAUUGUAUCGAUACAGUGUUGAUCAUAUUGAUACAUCGAUAUGUCCUGUAUUGAUACAAUGUUGAUACAUCAGAGUUCCCUUGUACUGAGAUGUUGCCAAUAUUGUAUCCCUUAGCAUGAUGGGAAUAUCAAUGCUGAUAUGAUGAGGAAAGACUACUUAUUUUAUUUUAAAAAAAUUUCUACCUUCAAUGGCUAGAAUACAUAACACGCCAAGAGGUAACCAUGGUAACGGAACAAAACAAACCCAAUUUGGAUGCCAUGGUUUCUGAGAAAGCCCUCUUGAAAUGAAAGUUUAGAAACACAAAGAGAUGUAAAAAGUAACAGAGUUUUUUAAUCCUAUUUAUUCUCCUUUUCACUUGUUUUAAUUUUUCAAUAUGUGCUGCAGACUUGUCAAUAAAAGAGGAAAACUGGUUAUUCUUGCCUUAUAACACUUGAACUCUUAUUGCUUGACUGAUCUGACUUUCAUAGACAAUACAUUGUGUUUAAUCAAUUUGUAUACAGUUCUUGUAAAGAAACAUGCCAAUGAAAAUGACAGAUGAUAAUGUAACAAUAACUGAACAUUAAAACAAAACUAUUGUUAGCUACCAGAGUUUGUCUCUAUCGUAUCAUUCAUGGUUGUAUCAGUAUAUUGUGAGAUAUGUUUCUGUCACGUUUUCGAUACUGAAAUGUCUUGUCCAUGACCGCCCUGCUAUGUUGUACCUUAUGAAUAUAACAAGGAAGUAUUCUGGACGUCCAGAUGACUGUGUCAUGACACAA